AUGAAAGAAGAAAUUAUGAGUGUGCAAGAGAACAGCUUCAAGUUCACCGAGUUAUCCCGCGAUGCUUCGGAGAUGGUGGCAGACAUGGGGAGCAGGAUGAGUUUGUUCGUGUUCGGGAGAUCCCGCCUAUCUAACAAGAAAGUUAGUGGACAUGCACCAAAUAACAAUAUUGACCACCGGAAUCAGAAUUUCAGAGCUCAAGCUACUCAAUCUCGUGGUAGUGUUGUACAAGGGGCUACUUGGACCGCCACCUAUGCUAAGUAUGGUAGGAACCACCUAGGAUUUUGUUGUGAUGGCUCCAAUGGCUGCUUCAAGUGUGGUCAGACGGGUUAUUUUAUGAGAUAUUCCCCUAAGAAUAUGCAGGGUAAUGGGGAAAACAUAGUCCAAUCUUCUUCAGUAACUCCAACAGACAGAGCUGAUCCACGAGGGUGA